CGAGCUCACCGGAACUUUCUCCACCGACGAGCCUUAGGCAAGCAAGCCUCGUAUUUUCCCGAAAACUAUAAAUACUUCUCAUUCUCACCCAUUUUCUUGCCCUAGAAACCCCCGUUUCAUAGCCGCAACAUGCUCUGCCCAUCCAAGCACCUUUCGAUUUUCCACUCUCUCUCGCACUCUCUCCCCACCAAACCCUCACUUCUCCUUCCAUUUCUCUAACCGAAUUUCUUUCACAAAACUCACUCUUCCUUCUCGCUCACGUUGGGGGUUUCUAGGUAGGAAGAUUGUCUGCACUGUUCCUGCUCCUGCUCCUGCUCCUGCUGUUGCUGUUGUUACUACGGUGUCUCUUCGAGGGUUUGGUGGUGGUCAUGGAUGCCGUGGAGCUGCCUUACCCAGUGGAUGUUGCGGUGCCAUCAAAGCUCAUGAGAUCUGAGGGGUUCGGUGGAACUAGGGUUACAGUGAAGGAGGUCGACCAGGACUGCGAGCGGAGCCGUGUUUCGGUUUUUAUGAAUUCUUCGGUUGAGCGUUGCAGCACUCUAAUCAAACAAAAAGAUGUUGCUGGCAGUGUUAAUUCUUCAGAGUUGGCUCCAUGGCAUAAGAUUCCAGAAGCUGAAAUUCAUAGGCUACCUAACCAGAAAACUGCAUGCAACAGUGAAUACUCGUCUGGAAAACUUGAUUCUAGAGUGACAAAUUUUUUUCUGAACCCGAGAUCUGAAGGUGUUCAAUUACAACAAAAAGCAGGAAAUGUGUUGAGAAACAGUAGUGGACCUUCUAAGAGACCAAGAGUGGGUCUUGCAGAAGAUUCAAGGUCAGUUGGAGUUGAUAACACAAAGGAUCUAUCUGAUAAACAACCAUCUCAUCUUGCAAAAUAUAGCUGUCCAGAUAAAGCUCAACUGGCGAAACAAAAAAGCAACUUUAGUGUCAAGCGAGGUGAUAAGAGAAGCUGCAAAGCUCCUGUGAAAGCUAUGGCAGGCUUCAGUUCAGCUUCUGGAGGGAACAAUUUUUUUGGAAUGUAUGGUCUGAAGGCAGAUGUAAAUGAUAUCACUAAGCUUGUUGAUGAGUUGUCCCUGAGUGAGCUUCUUGCUGGCACUUAUAAGUGCCCUGUUUUGGUCAAAGGGAAAGGAAAGAAGGCAGAUAAUGUGAAUGAGAAUUUGCUAAAUUCUGUUAGGAAAGCAUUCUCUGUUCUUCCUCUAUCAGGGCCAGCUACAAUCCAAAAUUUUGCUGAAAUAGAUAGCUGUUCAAACAAGAAACUCUCCCCUUGCUCGUUGAGCUCUGUUUCUAUGUCCCCAAGUGGCGAUAACAAUUAUAAAGGAGAAUCUUGUGCAACAGAUCUAUCUUCUCAUAGCAAGGAUUGUUGUAGCAAGCCUGAAGCUCCUACCAGUCUGGUUGAUUUUUUAGAGCGGCUACCUAAAGAUGUUCUGGAACAGUUGACACUUCCUCCAUCCAAAGAUCUGGAGUCUUUGCUUCAAGAUGCAGCUAAACCUUCUCAGUAUUCCAGAAGUGCUUCUGAGCAACGAACAGGGAAGCAAAUAACUCGUGGAGUUAGAUUGCCACCAUUUCCCUGGUCACAUACUUUCAAUGGGCACUGUAAAACCAGUUCUGAUUCAGCUAAGCUUUUAUCAAACAGAACCACAUGCCAUGGCCGAUGGGUAAGAAUAGGGAAUGUUGCCAGUUCUCUUGGUGCUCCAAUUGAUUGUUUUACUGAUUUGGAGUCGCUCACUUAUGAUCAAAACCUAGUUCCCCCUAGAGGAUCAAAGCUGGGUACUUUUGGGACUACAGUUUUGCAAUCUAUAUCUGGUAGCUUUUCUUGCUGUGACUUGGGUUCAUCAUCUGUUGCUACAACUAUUGAUGCUUCCCGUAUUUCUCUGUACUCACAAGCAGAACUGAAGGAUCAAGUAAAUGCUGGGCAUUGCCCACAAGUGCUUGCUGCUGCUCAAAUACUGUAUGACAUGGCUACUCGACCCUUGAGGCAAAGCCCAGACGGAAUUUUAAGGUGGCCUAAGAAGCUUUCACAAAAGGGCAUGAAAGCUCGCAAGUUAAAAUCAAUUGAGAAACCCGAGGAAAUAUAUGCUACGAGUUUAACGUCAGGGCGUGACAAUCGGGUAAGAAGAUGUGCGGACCAGAUAUUGCCCUCAAAAAGGCUUAAGCUUUCCAAAGCUGAUAAUAAGAGAGAUUUCAUUUAUAGUGAUCCUGUUAGGAAACGAUCAAUGACUUGCUGUAGUCCCAGAUCAGAUAGGUCAUCAUCAAGCAUAUUAGUUAAGGACUCGGUUGGAACAGAAAGAAGAAAUUCUUCUUCUAAUACUAUAAAGCAAUCAUGCAUGAUGCCACCACCUUGCAAGGGUUCCAGACAAGGCUUGCGGGAAUCAAUAGAAGGUAUGGAAGCUGAUGCUCAUGGAGUGGGAAAGGGGAAAAGAUAGAAAGAAUAACAUAUAUCUCAGUUCGGUACAGAAGCUUCUUCCAUUAGACAAUGUUACCAGUGAAACUGGUUGGUUGUACAUAUUUUUGCUGUAGGUGAAAUGUAGCUAGUUGUAAGGCCCGGUGGUGCUUUGGUGGGGAAUACAAUUGUUACCAGUGAAGCUGGUUGUUAAAUUUUACCUUGAAGGGUGAAUUGGGGAGAUGUUGUAAUGCUUAUUAGACCUGUAGAAUACAACAGGAAAUUGUUUGCCUUGUGUAGAGCAUUUAAUGAGGCAAUAGAAAAUUAAUUCUCUC